AGGCUUUGUGGAAAUGUCAAAAGAGAUCAAAACAUCGAUGAUUUCAGGAGUGAAAACCAGAAUGACAUGCAGAUGCUUGGGUCUGAUGAAGAAGUCACUCAGAUUCCAACCCAAGCCCAAUCUGUUGUGGAAGGGUCGGGAGCAGUUUUGGUGUCGGAGUAUAAACCAGUCCCUGAUGUGGAUUAUCUACAG